AUGGUUAGUUGUAUCCAUAUGUUUAUGGUUUUGUGUGUUAAACUUGUUUGGUUUUUUCAUGCAUUGUUUUAUUCUUCAAAUCUAAGGUUUGAUUAUGGUUUCUUUGUAAGCAGGAUAAACAAAGAUUCAGAGAUUCAGAGGAGUCUGUUUUUUUUUUUUUUUUUUUUUUUUUUNGCUGAGGAGAUAUCUAGCACUGUGAACUUGGAUUUGAACCUUGGUCCUGACCCUGAGUUAGGUCUCGAGCCAGCAACAAGUUAUGCUAGAUCUGAUUGGGGUAAUGGGCCUGCUGCUGGAGAAUUGGAAAAUUUUAGAAGGUUUAGAAGUCGGUACAGGUCACGUUUCAGAACGACUGGUAUGCUUUCGGCUCUUGCUGAAACAGAUAGCCCCUCGAUAGAAUUGAGUCAGUUGUUGAUCCCUUCUGGUAAUGGAGCUGAUUUGCCAGCUGGUGAGGGAAGCAUAGCUGGUGGAGAGAGAGUUAGUAGCGAGGAGGACUCGAAAAAGUGUGAGAAUGGGAACAAAGUCAUGGAAGAAGACAAUGUAACAGAAGAGAAAAGGGAUGUUGAGAAGAGCGUUGACAGCGAUGGGAGCUUCUUUGAUUGUUACAUAUGUUUGGAUUUGUCCAAGGAUCCAGUUGUCACUAAUUGUGGCCACCUUUACUGUUGGUCUUGCCUCUACCAGUGGCUACAUACUUCAGAGGCAAAGGAAUGUCCGGUUUGCAAAGGUGAGAUAUCUGUGAAAACCGUGACUCCAAUCUAUGGACGUGGGAAACACAAAAGAGAAUCCGAAGAGGUUUCAAAUACCAAGAUCCCUUCGAGACCACAAGCGCGGCGUGUGGAGAGUUUGAGAAAUACACUUAACAGGUCAGGUUAUAUACCAACUGAAAUGAUUAGACAUUUACAGGAAAGGCUUGAAAGGGAAUCUAGUACAGGAGAAAGACGCGCCAGACCAUUUCUUAACCGGUUUAUGACUUCGAGGGGAGUUAGAGCAGAGCAGAACCAGCCUGGUGAAGCAUUGGUUGCUGCACCAUCAGAUGAUAUUGAUCUGAUCUCGAACAAUUCCCCUGAACACGAAGUGAGGUCCUCCCGUGCUUUGUCAAACCGGAGACAGUGGGCACAGAGACCAGCGAGGAUGUCUUCGUUUACUUUGACCGCUGCUGAAAGAUUAGUGGAUGCUUAUUUGAUAACACACGCAAUGGGGAGGAUCCAAGAGCGAAACAUCAAUAAUCCUGUUGGUGGUGUUGAGGACAGGGACUCGUUCUCGAGCAUAAUAGGUGUAAUGAACUCGGAGAGCCAAGUUGAUACAGCAGCUGAGAUAGAUUCAAUGGUGAGUGUUUCGACUUCUUCACCAGUGAGAAGACAUGAAAACAAUUCAAGGGUCUCUGAUGUCGACAGUGCAGAAUCUCGUCCAUUAAGGAGGAGACGGAGAUUUGCUUAGAAGAUGAAGGAGAAGAAAAGAGGAAGCUAGGAUGAUCUUUAUUUUUGUUUUUUUUUUCUUGUUUUGUGAUUUUGGGAUUUUGAAGCUUCUUUUGUUAUGGUUAGGGAUAAUAAUAAUUGAACCAAAGAUUAAUAA